GUGAGCCUCUCCACAUUUAGCUCCAAACUUUACGCACGGAUGUGCUCCUCUGGACCUAUUUCACAUCGCAUUUGGAGGCAUUUUCUACUCAAGUGUAUUGCCGAUUUAAAAUAGUCACGCCUGCUCUUUUAUACGCCUGCUCAUUUCUUUUUUUUUUUUUUUAACUUUAAACAACAUUUUUACCUGCUGACGCGUCUCAUUCCUGCAGACGGAUGCAGUAGAAUACAAAAAGAUGAAGUGUGUCUUGAUAACUUGCCUGGUCCUGGUGCUAUGCAGCGUGCACAGGCUCCUCGCAUCCCCGGCUUUGGAGGAAGGCGACGGGUCGGAUGACAGCGCCUCGACCCUGGCCUUUGUGUUCGAUGUGACCGGAUCCAUGUACGACGACCUUAAGCAGGUGAUCGAUGGCGCCUCGCGGAUCCUGGAAAAGACCCUCAACCGAAGGACCAGACCCAUCAAAAACUUUGUUCUGGUUCCGUUCCAUGAUCCAGACAUUGGUCCAGUGUCCAUCACCACUGACCCUACAAAGUUCCAGAAGGAUCUACAAGAGCUGUUUGUUCAGGGUGGUGGUGACUGCCCUGAGAUGAGUGUUGGAGCCAUUAAGAAAGCCUUGGAGGUUUCUCUUCCUGGAUCCUUCAUUUAUGUCUUCACCGACGCUCGAGCAAAAGACUACCGCCUGAAAAGAGAUGUUCUCCAGCUGGUGCAACUCCGUCAGUCUCAGGUGGUUUUUGUGCUGACUGGGGACUGUGGUGAUCGCUCUCAGCCUGGCUACAAGGCCUACGAGGAGAUUGCAGCCAUGUCCUCAGGCCAGAUCUUUCACCUGGACAAGCAGCAGGUCAAUGAGGUAUUGAUGUGGGUCGAGGAGACUAUUCAGGCCAUGAAGGUCCAUCUACUGUCCUCAAACCAUGACAGUGCCCAGGAGAACCUUUGGGAAGUGCCCUUUGACCCUAGCCUCCGCGAGGUCACUGUGUCACUCAGUGGGCCUGCUCCACAAAUUGAGCUCAAAGAUCCCCUUGGCCACGUAGUAGGUCCUGAGCAGGGUCUGAAAGAGCUUCUGAAUAUUCCUAACUCUGCUCGUGUUGUCAACCUGAAGUUUCCCAGGCCCGGAGCAUGGAACUUGAAGGUUAGCUGCAGUGGCCGUCAUACCCUGAGGGUUACAGGAGUCAGCAAUCUGGACUUCCGGGCUGGCUUUUCAAGUUUACCUGUUAAAGAGUUUAACCACACUAGGGAGAGGCCAAUCAAAGGACUGCCAGCAUAUGUUUUGCUGAAAUGCACAGGCCUGAAGCCUCCAGGUCAUCUGAGUCACGUAGAACUAAUGUCUGGCUCGGGACGUUCCCUGCGCACCAUUCAGGUGCCUCUGCCCUCUGACCUUGGCCAGCAAGGGCUUUGGAGUGUCCCAGAGAUACGCACCCCUUCCCAGAGUUUCUUCAUCAAGGCAACGGGCAGAGACGAGGAGGGCUAUCGCUUCCAGCGACUGUCCAGUGUCUCGUACACCAACAUAGUUCCAGCUCCCCCAGCUGUGAACAUGCCUGAUGUGGUGAACGGUAUCUACAUGCACCCUGCUACGAUUCGCUGUUCUGUGGAGAGCGACAUACCUUACAGGCUAAGAUUUACCAGAAGUGGAAGGGCACUUGGGGCGGAGAAGUUCUUCCAGAAAUCUGCCACUGCAUCAUGGGAGAUUGACAAUGCUUCAGCCGAGGAUGAGGGCUUCUAUGAGUGCAUAGCACAGAGUGGUGGAGGUCAAGGACAUGCCUUAACCCAGCUGACUGUUAGAGAACCUGCUCCUGUACUCAAGCCAGCAGUCAACGUGACUUCCUUAGUGGGAAGUGUGGCUGUGUUGACCUGUAAGGUAGAGGGCUCCAUGCGCUACAACCUGACCUGGAUCCGAGCAGGUCGCGCCAUCCGAGCUCGUUCGGGGAGGGUGAGGCUGCUGUCCAACUCGUCCCUUCAGAUUAGCAGCGUGAAGAUUCAGGAUGCUGGGGAUUACCACUGUGUGGCCUCAAAUGCCCACGGAGACAACAGAAUCACUGUAUGGCUCUUUGUCCCAGAGGCACCUUCUGUGGUACUUCACCCCCAGAGCCAGGUCUUUUCCCGAGGGGAUGAAAUCCGCCUCGUCUGCUCAGCAUCCGGCUCUCCCCCUCCUCUGCUCUUUUGGAGUCAUGGAAACAUGUUCCUUGCUAAUCGGCCGAGGUUGAGUCUACACGAGCGAGGAGUUGUGACCAUAACAGGGGCUGUCCCAGAGGAUGCUGGGAAUUACACAUGUCUGGCAAGCAACGUGGCUGGGACUGCCUCACAGUCUGUCUUUCUUACUUAUGCAGAGGUGCCUAUCAUAACAGUGGUGCAGCAGGUCCUACUUGUAGCUGUUGGGGAUGAUGCUACUCUGGAGUGUCAGGCCAGUGGAACGCCCACUCCUCUUGUCCAUUGGUUUAAAGGGAAACUUGAGGUGGGCUCCGCCCCCUUUGUUCAGCAAGAUGUCCACCGUGGGACCCUGCACAUUGGAGGAGUACAGGAAGUAGAUGCUGGUCAAUACAGCUGUGUGGCCAGCAGUCCUGCUGGGACCUCAUCUGGCACAGUCACUCUGCAGGUUGGAGUGGGACCUUUGUUCUCUGAGGCACCGGUUGACAUGGCGGCUAAUGUAGGGGAAAACAUCACCCUUCCCUGUGUGGCUCGAGGUUUCCCGCAACCAACUGUGUCUUGGUACACUCAAGAUGGCAGACACAUUCUCCCAAGGACAGACAAUCACAGCAGAAAAAGGCAACUGGAGAAUGGAUUCCUUCUGAUUGAGAGUAUCUGGCUGGAUGACGAAGGGCUCUACACCUGUGAAGCCCAAAACCAGUUUGGAACCAUUAAAGCUGAGGCCAGAGUUAGUGUCACUGGACUGGAGCCCCCACUCUUAGCUCAAGGUGCCCCUGUCAUUACCACUGGCAUCGGGCAGUCCCUGAGUAUCCCAUGUAUGCUGCUGGAUGGAAUCCCACUCCCAGAGAGACAGUGGUCACGAAAUGGGAAACAUGUUCAAUUGAACGGGAGAAUGUUUGUGAGGAGUGAUGGUAGUUUGUACAUUGAAAGAGCUGUCCCAGAGGAUUCUGGCACAUAUGUUUGCACAGCAGUGAACGUAGCAGGCUCAAUGAACAUCACAGUGAGCUUGGAGGUCCAUGUGCCCCCAGAGAUCAACGGCGGGCCCUACCGCUACAUAGCUAACGAAGGUCUAGCCAUCACAUUAUCAUGUGAGACCAGUGGGGUUCCUAAGCCGGUUGUGGUCUGGUCCAAGGGAAGGCAACCUCUACCUCGUGACAGCUCCUCGCUUCAAGCUGACCCCAAUGGAUACCUCCACAUCCCUCACCCCACCACUGACGAUGCAGGAAUCUACAUCUGUACCGCCACUAGUUCUGUGGGUUACGCUAGUCGAGAAAUCCAGCUCAGUGUCAACACAAUACCCAAGAUAAUGGGUGUGAGUGACCAUGACAACAUAGUAAAAGUGGCUGCAGAGGUGGGAACAGAGGUAAUUCUACCUUGUGAGGCCCAAGGGAGUCCGACACCACUGGUCACGUGGAACAGAAAUGGCCAACCCAUCCCCCCUGUCACAGCAGGGUUCACCGUUUUGCCCUCUGGCUCGCUGAAGAUAACUGAUGUACGCCUCAUUGAUAGCAAACUGUACACUUGUACUGCUGAGAAUCCAGCCGGCAAUGUGUCCUUAAGUUACAAUUUACGCAUCCAAGCCAAGCCCAGGAUUCAGCCUGCACCCCCUCUACUGAAAGCUCUGGUGGGACAAACAGUCACGCUCCCAUGUGUGGUCCAGGGGGAGCCAAGCCCAGAGGUCAAUUGGUUUCACAAUGGACUUCCAGUUGGGAUCAAGGAGACGUCACCUCUUAGGAUCCAGCAGGUCAGCCAAGCUGACAAAGGAACUUACCAGUGCGUGGCUCGUAACAGUGCUGGACAGGAGACUUUGGAGAUCAUGCUGGAAAUUCUUGAGGCCCCAUCUUUUGCCGAACCAGGAGAUUCCAUCAUGGAGAAAAUAAGUAACAGCAAGGUAGUCAUCCCUUGCCCCGCUGAAGGUUCUCCACCACCAAAGGUGCGCUGGUUCAAGAAUGGCCUGGAGAUACAUCCUGGACAAUCAGAGUUUUCUGUGACGAGGGAUGGAGCUCUUAUAAUUAGCAGAGCUUCUGCCAGUCACAGUGGCGACUUCAAAUGUGUGGCAACCAAUGAGGCGGGCUCUGUGGAUAGGAAGACCAGAUUGAAAGUGAAUGUUCCUCCUGAAAUCCAAGAGGAUGGUCAAGCACAUAACCUUACUGUGACCUUAAAGCAGCCUCUCACUCUUGGCUGUGAUGCCUUUGGUAUUCCUUCCCCGACAAUUACCUGGACUAAAGAUGGUCAUCUUGUUGACAGUCCUGGGCUGUAUCUGCAAAAUGGGAACCGACUGCUUAAAAUCUACAGAGUCCAGCCAGAACACGCAGGAAUGUUUGCUUGCACCGCUCAUAACUCAGCUGGAGAAGCACGAAGGGAAUAUCAUAUUGUGGUGCAAGCUCCACCAGUGAUCUCAGGAACAUCCAAACUCCAAGAUAUAACAGCCGUCCUUGGCCAGGAGGUGGAGUUUCAGUGCAGAGUUAGUGGGCGCCCAGCACCCAGAGUGGAAUGGAGUCGCGACGGAGAGGUGCUAUCCCGUGAUGGAGAUCCACAUGUGGAGUUCCUGGAGGAUGGCCAGGUGCUGAAAGUGAAAUCAGCCCGGCUGAGAGAUCAAGGACUUUACCAGUGUUUGGCCAGCAACAAUGCGGGGACACAGCUACGGCAGUUCAGACUAACAGUGCAAGCUCCUCCAACAAUUAAGGGUCCUGGUGAGACCUCAAAUGUGACAGUGGUGCUGGGCUUCCCGAUAGUCCUUCUCUGUGAUGUAGAAGGUUCACCCAUGCCGAGCAUCACCUGGUUGAAAGACAACCAGCCCAUUGUGUCGAGCGCCCAAUUGACAUACACGCAAGGUGGGCAGGCUUUAAGGGUGGGCUCAGCACAAGGGGACAGCACAGGCCUUUAUACGUGCCGGGCUUCCAAUCCAGCUGGCACUGCUGUCAAGCACUAUUCUCUUAGUGUUCUAGUACCCCCACAAAUCGACGGGGACCCAGCAUCUAUCGGCACUCGGGAAAAGAAAGUACGAAUCAAUGACAGUUUAACUCUCUCCUGCCUUGCUAAAGGUUUCCCUGAGCCCAAGGUUGCCUGGUUCAAAGAUGGGCAGCCGUUGACAGGAAACAACCAUGUUGGCAUUUUGGUGAGUGGGGCCUUCCUGCAGCUAGAGAAUGCAAUGCUGUCCCAUGAAGGUCAGUACACAUGCGUGGUCACCAACUCGGCAGGAGAAGACAAAAGAUACUUCCAUGUUGCCGUACAAGUUCCUCCGGUCUUCCAUCGCGUGACUAACAGAGAAGCAGCCUGGGGUGUGGAGGACAGAGAGGAUGAGGAGAAUGAGGACAUGGUAGCCAAGCGGGAAGUAAUCCUUGGCCAUCCCAUCAGCCUCUCCUGCGAAAGUAACGCCAUACCACCCCCCAAGCUCAAUUGGUACAAAGAUGGACAGAAGCUCACCAGCGCUGACGGAGCAAUAUUACUGCCAGGUGGACAGGUGUUACAAAUUGCUCGAGUUCAGAAAGAGGAUGCAGGAAGGUACACAUGCGAGGCCGUCAAUGAAGCUGGAGAGGAUCAUUUGCAUUUUGAAUUGGAGGUCUUGGUAUCACCUGUGAUCAUGGGGGCAUCUGAGGAGUUUAUGGAGGAAAUAGGAGCAGUGGUCAACAGCACUGUGGCCCUUCAUUGUGAUGUAACUGGACAUCCAACUCCAGCUAUCUCGUGGUCUAGAGAUGGACAGCCAGUUGACACGGACUCACAGCAUCUCAUCAGUGAGGACAGGACACAACUGCAGCUCCUCAGUGUGCAGGUUUCAGACAUGGCUGGAUACUUGUGUACAGCAGAAAACAAGGUCGGGUCAGUUGAGAAGCUCUUCAGUCUAACUGUUCAAGUACCACCGAGAAUAUUAGGCCCUAAAGAGGAGGAGCUGAGUGUGACUGAGGGUCAUAUGGUGUCAUUGCUGUGUGAUGUACAAGCAUACCCUCCACCAGAAAUCACUUGGACCAAAGAUGGGCAGAUCAUCCGCUUUAGUAGCGGUAUCCACCUAUUGCCAGGUGGCCAAAUGCUACAGCUGCCCCGGGCAAGACUGGAGGAUGCAGGACAAUACGUGUGCACGGCCUCUAAUUCAGCUGGCCAGGACCAGAAGAGUCUACUCCUCAGUGUUUAUGUCCUGCCCACCCUGAAGUCUCGUCUUGAUGCCGAGUCAGAUGUGGUGACCCCGCAGCUCGGCUCUUCUGUAACCCUGCAAUGCGAAGCCCAUGGUGUCCCUGAGCCUGAGGUCACAUGGUAUAAAAAUGGACUCCAACUAGUUCCAGGGAAUGGACUGAAGACAGAUCACCACCAACUGGAGAUCACAGGAGUUCAGAUGGCAGACGGUGGCACCUAUACUUGCAAAGUAUCCAAUGUGGCUGGCCAGGUAGACAGAACUUUCCGACUCGCAGUUUACGUUCCACCUGUCCUCGAUGAGCCUCUCUCGGAGGCCCUAAACUACACCCUGGGCUCUCUUGUAUCACUUCGGUGUGAGGCCUCGGGAGUCCCUGUUCCAAGCAUAACAUGGCUCAAAGAUGGAACACCUAUCGAGAGUAGCCUGCAGUGGCAGUGGUCUAUCCGAGGGAACCGCCUUGAGUUGGGGCCUCUUACUCUGUCUCAUGCCGGAACUUACACAUGUGUUGCCAAGAACAGUGAAGGACAGGAACAAAAGGACUAUAUUCUCACAGUGCAGGUGUCACCUACUAUUCUGGACUCUGAUCAUCCAUCUGAAGUUAGUGCACCCAUGGGUGAAGAGAUAACACUUGAGUGCAGAGCAGCUGGAAACCCCACACCUCACGUUAGCUGGCUCAAAGACGGCUUGACUUUGGAAGGUUCCGAUACUCGUCACAUUGCUGUGACGCCCGAUGGCAGCACAUUGACAUUACUAGGCCUUAGUCCUGAGGAUUCUGGAACAUAUACCUGUUUGGCUGUCAGCCCUGCUGGUCAGGAGAGCAAGAUCUACACUCUCUUUGUCCUUGUACGACCAUCCAUCUUGGGCGAGACCACCGAACCCAAAGUGUUACAGGCCGUACAGGACAGUGCUGUGACUCUUGAGUGUCGUGCUGAUGGAGAUCCUCCACCUCAGAUCAGCUGGCUCAAGAAUGGACAACCUCUACUUUUAUCACCCCAUACACGCCUAGUUUCUGGUGACUCCGUACUUAGGAUUUCUCCCGUGCAGUUGUCAGAUGCUGGCGUUUACACAUGCAUAGCUCGCAGCCGAGCUGGUCUUGCUGAACUUAGCUAUGACGUUCAGGUCCAAGUGCCUCCUGGUGUGGAUCAUGUGGAACCUGUAGAACCGGUGACAGUUGUGCAAGGAUCGUUAGUAACUCUUACCUGUGAGGCCCGUGGUGUUCCUCCUCCAACGUUGACUUGGAUGAAAGACGGCCAGCCGCUAUCACUUCAUCGGAACCUGCUGUUGGAUGGACAGGAGACGCGGCUGCAGCUGCCUGAUGUGGCACCUUCGGAGGCAGGCCUCUACAGCUGUGUUGCUAGCAACCAAGCUGGAAGCAGCACAAAGAGUUUUAAUCUUACCAUUCUUGAGCCUCCAAAGAUAUACGAAUCUGAUGACCCACUGGAGCUGACGAUUGCAGUAAACAGCCCUCUGGAGUUGGAGUGCUCUGCAGAGGGAGUACCACCCCCUACCCUUAGCUGGCUCAAGGACGGUCGUCCACUGGAAGGAAACGACAUCAUUCAGGAGGAUGGACACAUUCUUAGUAUCAGCAAAAUUCAGGUUGAGGAUGCAGGUCUGUACACCUGCUUGGCCAGCAGCUCAGCCGGAGAGGAUGGAAGAAACUAUUGGGUUCGAGUACAAGUCCCACCGACCCUUCUUGGCUCUGAAGAUGUUAGAACAUUGUCAGUGCCAGUUAAUGGACAUCUGACCCUGGAGUGCCUGGCUGACAGUGACCCCCCUCCUGAUAUUGACUGGUACAAGGAUGAGGUCCAGAUGCAGCUGGGUGGCCGCAUUCAGCGGCUCGCAGGAGGCCAGUACCUUGAAAUACAGGACGUCAGACCAGAGGACAGUGGCCAGUACAGUUGUGUGGUGACCAACAUGGCAGGAAGCACCAGUCUCUUCUUCAUUGUGGAGAUUCUCUUGCCACCAGUGAUUAAGGAGAGCACCGCAGUGGUCACAGCUCAUAUAGGCCAGGAUGCAAUUUUGCCUUGUGAAGUUGAAGAUGGCACGUCUCCAACAAUUAUGUGGAGAAAAGAUGGCUUCCCCAUAACCCACGAUAACAACAAGUACACCGUGCUACCAGAAGGCUCCUUACGUGUGCACGGAGUUCAGCUAAGUGAUGCUGGCCGCUACCACUGCACGGUAUCAAACCAGGCAGGCUCGGACCACCGGGGAAUCGAUCUCAGAGUGUUUGUGGGUCCUUCAAUCAGUCCUGGCCCGUUCAACACAACAGUAACCACAGGCAUCAGAGCUGUCCUGAGCUGUGAGACAACAGGCAUACCUCCUCCUAAAGUGUCCUGGAAAAGGAAUGGCUCCCCUCUUGAUAGUAGCCAUCAGUCUAAUGCAUACAGGUUAUUAUCUUCUGGGUCACUGGUACUUUUAUCGCCGUCCAAUGAGGAUGAAGGUUACUUUGAGUGCACAGCUGUGAAUGAUGUUGGAGAGGAGCGCAGGGUUAUUGAGGUCAUCCUCCAAGGUAGGAAUUUUAAAGUGGUCCAGGUACACACCCACUUUAAAUGUCUAAAUUCAAGAAAUGUGUUUUUGGUGUUUGAUCUUGUAGUCCCACCGUCUAUUGAAGAUGAUGUCACAACAGUCACAGCUGUGAAAAUGUCUCCUGUGGAGUUGCCUUGUCAAGUUAAAGGCCAACCUCAGCCAAUCAUCUCCUGGACAAAAGGUGGAGCCAAGCUGGGAUCUAGAGGAGGAAGUUACCGUGUCCUUCCUACUGGGGUGUUGGAGAUAACUGCUGUGUUACCAAGCCAUGCCGGCAGGUACACAUGCUCAGCUCGCAAUGCAGCUGGAGUGGCUCACAAACACAUCUCACUUACGGUGCAAGAGUCCCCAGAAAUCAGACCCAUGCCAGAGGAAGUCCAAGUGGUGUUACAUCAUGGGACCAUCUUACCCUGUGAGGUUCAAGGAUUUCCUAGGCCGUCCAUUACCUGGCAAAGAGAGGGUGUUCCCAUAGCAGCUGGUCACAGGCUAGCUGUGCUCUCAAACGGCGCCCUCAAGUUUGCUCGUGUUACUCUUGGUGAUGCAGGAAUGUACCAAUGCCUGGCAAAAAAUGAAGCUGGUGUUGCUGUGGGAAGAACUAAACUUGUGCUUCAAGUUCCACCCGUGCUGAGUGUGCCCCAUGUGGAAUACAUUGCUGUGCUGGGCCAACCUGUCAGUUUGGAGUGUGCGGCCGAUGGCCAACCCCAACCGGACGUUACUUGGCACAAAGACAGGAGACCUUUACUUGACAGUGCUCAUAUUCAUAUAUAUGCAAACGGUACACUGGUGAUCACAUCUACCCAGCGCAGUGAUGCUGGGACGUACACAUGUACUGCCAAAAAUCUUGCUGGCAGAACCGGUCAAGACAUCAGACUGGUGAUUCAAAUUCCCCCGAUGAUUCUUCCUGGUCAAACAGAGAUGUCAGUCAUUCAAGGAUUUCAGGCCUUGCUACCUUGUGCUGCUCAAGGUUCACCAGAUCCCAAAGUAUCAUGGGAAAAGGAUGGUGAAGUUUUGCUCAAACGUCCAGGCAAAUUCACCGUCCUGCGAUCCGGAGAGCUGAUUAUCGAGAGGGCUGAGCCAGGAGAUGCUGGACUUUUCACAUGUGUAGCCACCAAUGAGGCAGGAUCCACAAAACAGGAUAUUCACUUGUCCGUCAAUAUGCGACCUGCCUUUAAAGAGCUACCUGGUGAUGUUACCUUAAAUAAAGGGCAGGAUCUGGCCUUAUCUUGUCAUGCACAAGGAACACCUUCUCCUGUCAUCUCCUGGACUGUCAACAAUAAACCUUACCCAGGGGCCACUGUAGAUGAAGCUGGCAGGAACACCAUCAUAAUCGAUAACGUUACCAUGAGUGAUGCUGGAACUUAUGUGUGUAUCGCGGAAAACAGCGUGGGCUCCAUCCGAGCGCUCUCCUUUGUCCGCAUCAGAGAGCCUCCUGUUCUGAAGGGUGAAGCCCACACGUUUCAAACAGUCACUCAAGGUGGCUCCGCUAUGAUCGACUGUCCAGUCCAAGGAGACCCCAACCCAGUUCUCCGCUGGCUCCGGAACGGAAAACCCCUGCACCGCUCUGUCCGCAUGCAGGCACUUCACAAUGGAUCAUUGAUCAUUUACAGCAUCACCGCUGCAGAUGAAGGGGAUUAUGAAUGCGUGGCUGAGAGUGAAGCAGGGUCAGCUGAACGGACCAUUACUCUCAAGGUUCAGAUUAAUGGAGGCUACUCCAACUGGCAAGACUGGGGUCCUUGUAGUAGCAUCUGCGGUCAAGGCUUCCAAGAGCGCAGUCGACUUUGCAACAACCCAGAACCAGCUAAUGGUGGACGAACAUGCAGCGGGCCAAGUAUUGACUCCAGGAAAUGUCAAGCCGGCCUUUGUCCAGGUGAAGCCCCUCGCAGGACCAGAGGAAGUCUAAUAGGCAUGGUCAACGAGAGAGAGUUUGGAGUGUCCUUCCUAGAGGCCAACAUCACAGAUAAUGAAGAAGAUGGCAGCAGCACUCUCCAGGCCCGUCUUGACAACAUUCCUCCAAGCGUUGGUCCCUUGCUGCGGGUGCUGGUAUCUGUUUUUGCACCCAUCUACUGGACCACUGUGCUUCAGCGAGAGACCACGAGGAAUGGCUUCUCCUUCACACAUGGUCAGUUCAAGCAGGAGUCUCAACUGGAAUUUGAAACAGGCGAAGUCCUUCGUGUCCUCCAUGUGGCUAGAGGACUGGAUUCUGAGGGAGUUUUACUGAUUGACAUUGUAAUCAAUGGAUUUGUACCGCCAUCAUUAACAACCUCACAUGUCAGCCUCCAGGAGUUUGAUGAGUCCUAUGUGCAGACGGGCCAAGGACAGAUGUACUCAUGGUCAUCACAGACCCACCAGAGAGGAGGUACCCCCAUGGUGCUGCGUUGCAACCACACCAUUAUCUACGAGGGCGAGGAGACCCGCCAGGGCCCUCUGCUCCAGCUGUUGAAGGUUUCCGGACUGAAUAGUGUCUACAAUAUGCUUACUCUUACAAUGGACUUCCACUUUACAUCACACCUUCUCAUACCAGAUGGUCAUGAAGACAGUUGCCCGAAAGGCUUUGUCCUCGACACAACCUCAUACUGUGCUGAUGAAGACGAAUGUGCGCUUCAGUCUCCCUGCUCUCACUCGUGUAACAACAUCAUGGGAGGGUUUUCUUGCGUCUGCCCUUCUGGCUUUACCAUCUCGACGGAAACCAACACAUGCCAAGAUAUUGACGAGUGUGCCCAAGGCUCACAUAUGUGCCACUACAACCAGCAAUGUAUCAACACAAUGGGCACUUAUCGCUGCCAAGCCAAGUGCGGAGCAGGAUUUAAGCCCAGCAUUAAAGGAAACAGCUGCGAAGAUGUGGACGAGUGCCGAGAGUCUACCAUAUCGCCGUGUCAACAUCAGUGUCUCAACACUUUGGGAUCCUACCGCUGCAUCUGCCACCCUGGGUAUCAGCAGUCAGGACACCAAUGCAUCGACAUCAACGAGUGCAUGAGGAAUGUGUGCCCAGCUCACCAGCAGUGUCAAAACACUGACGGAGGGUACCAGUGUUUCGACAGCUGCCCAGCUGGCAUGACCAAAGCAGAAAAUGGAGUGUGCAUGGAUAUUGACGAGUGUCAAGAUGGAAGUCACAUGUGUCGCUACUCUCAGAUCUGUCAGAACACAGUCGGAGGUUACGGGUGUAUAUGUCCCAGAGGGUACCGGUCUCAAGGAAUUGGUCUGCCAUGUCUGGACGUUGAUGAAUGCCUGCAGACGCCAAGCCCAUGCGUCUUUCAGUGCCGCAAUGUGCCGGGCAGCUUCAGAUGCUUGUGUCCACCUGGAACUGUGCUGCUUGGGGAUGGACGCUCAUGUGCAGGGCUAGAGAGAGGACAGAUCUUUACUAAUGGGACCAGAGUCAGAGCGAGACUUCGGCCGCAGCUGGUGUCAUCCCUUGGCAGGCCAAUUUUGUCCCGUUCUCACGGGGUGUCUCGUAUUACCAGGCAGAGCUGUCCUCUAGGAUAUACCAGCAGAGAUGGCAAAUGUGUUGAUGUGGAUGAAUGUCUGCUCAGGAAGCCCUGCCAACAUGAAUGUCGAAACACCAUUGGCAGUUUCCAGUGUCUGUGUCCUCCAGGCUACCAGCUGCUACCCAAUGGCAGGAACUGUAAAGACACUGACGAAUGUUUAGAGCAAGGCAUUCAAUGUGGCCACAAUCAGAUGUGUUUUAACACCAGAGGAGGAUACCGGUGCUUGGACACUCCCUGUCCUGCAUCCUACCAGCGGGGAAGAAGCCCGGGGACAUGCUACAAGCCAUGCUCUCUGGACUGCGCCACCGGAGGCUCUCCUCUGCUCCUGCAGUACAAGCUCCUUACGCUUCCCUCUGGCAUACCAGCCAAUCACAACGUAGUGCGGCUGUCCGCGUUCUCGGAGUCAGGCAUCCUGCAAGAACGCACAUCUUUUAUCAUACUAGAGCAAGAAUCUGAGACGGGUCUAUUGGGACAAGCAUUUGGCAUCAGGGACGACACAGGCCGGGGGAUCAUCUACACAAGGCGGCUUCUUGACAGCCCAGAACUUGUACGCCUCAAAGUGCAGGCCACCACCAUUUCACAGCAAGGCCGUUUGACAUACCAGAGUAUCUUUAUCAUCUACAUUUCCAUCUCGUCAUUUCCCUACUGAGCUGCUUAACAACUCUAGAUACUUUUAAGGCAAAUCUCCAGAAACCUGAGCCUCGGAUGCAUUACGUGACUGAUAAAUCCUGUGGAUACUUAGGACUGAAACAUGGUGAAAGAACUUAACAUUGCAUUAUCGUGGCCGAUACGACUGGCCAGAGAAAAUUGAAUCUGUCGCCCCAAAAAUGGAAAGAAAUGUAUUAAUUGCUUCAGUAAAAACAUGAUCCAAAACUUCCAAGCUUGGGUCUUCCGGUGGAUAAUUCAAUGUCUGGUGGUAGUGCUUCUGAUUAUGCCUAAUUAGGGCAAAUAAAUGAAAAUGCAAGAGAAAAGUAGCUUGAUCCGUUUUUAAAUUUUCAUCAUUAAUGACAAUAAAUUAUAUUGACAUUAGGGAUUGCUUAUUCUACAAUUUAAAAAAAUUCUGACUGCUUGAGCCACUUGUUUAAAGUGACAAACCAGUGGAGCGUGUGUAACUGUGUGAUCGUGUUGCAUCUAUGCAGCUUUUUUGUAUUCUGCAUUUGAAUG